AUGAAGUUCUUCUUCUUCUUCGAAGUCUUUUACUGUGCGGCUAUCAUCCCAAUUAAGAUGAGCAUCACAUUCAUGCUCAUCCGCAUCGCAUCACGAAAAGUUACCUACAUCUACGCCCUGUGGGUCGUUUCGGCCAUGUUCAUCGUCAUGAACCUGAUUGCGAUGCUGUACAUCAUUUUUCAGUGCACUCCGGUGUCGUGGGCUUGGGAUACUUCGACCCCUGGUGGGAAAUGUAACCCAGCGCAAACACUGGCGGACAUAUACUACGCGACGACUGCGGUCAACAUUGCGACGGAUUGGUUCUGCGCGCUCUUGCCCAUACCGCUGCUUUGGAAUGUACAGUUGAACCGUAAUGCUAAGCUUUCGGUCGGUGUCAUUCUCGGCCUCGGUGCCUUAGCGAGUCUUUCAGCCUGCAUCCGCCUGGUCUAUACUGUAAAUCUCACGAGCUCGACCGAUUACCUCCAUGGUGUAUCGAAGGUGAUCCUGUGGGGUUACGCCGAGAAUGGCGUCGGCAUGAUCGUAGGAUGCGUUGCCACACUUCGCCCUCUCCUCCAGCGCGUACUCAAACUCGGAAGCAGCGGCGGCACCAAUCCUCAACAUACACCUGCAGCAGGCUACGCGAAACGCCCGAUUAUAAAGAGCCGUUUGAGUGGAAGGGAUGAGGAGUGGGUAGCUCUCGAGGAUAAUCAGAUGGUGAACAUGGUGCAUGGGCAAGGCACUACUGGCAGUGAAGAAUACAUAUUGCCUAUGAAAGGAGGAGGUAUCCAAGUUACCAGAAGCGUGGAGCAACGAUCUAGCGCUAUGAAAGAAUAA